AUAUUCAUUCACCAAUGGUAAUUGCGCUCAACGGACAAGGAAAGCUAUACACUCGCAUGUGCACUUAUCAUUUAAAACGACGCGGAUAUGUCUACAGUCAUGAUUUUUACGCACCGGUGAAACGUAUUUUUUUUCAUAUCAUAGAUUAUUCAAAAGAACAAAGGAUAUUGUCAGAUCAGUGAACACCAUAUUUAUAGCCUAGUUAUUGCACAAGUAAUUAUAUACAACAGGCGGGAAUUCCGUUAAAAGUCAAAGAUGUCCAGGAAAAAGGCAGUGAAAGGCAAGGGGAGCUCCAAAAGCCCGACUGCAUCUCCGAACAAGAGCAAAGACAGCGGGAAAAGUGGUAAAGGGAUCGGAGCCGGGGCUCCAUCCAACGGAUUGGUAUAUCCGAGCCGCCCCUCACUCAGCAACAGUAGGGAGUUUUAUGAUAUCACUUUUAAGGUGAUGCUGGUGGGAGACUCAGGUGUAGGGAAGACUUGCCUGCUGGUUCGCUUCAAGGACGGAGCUUUCUUGGCCGGCAGCUUUAUUUCUACUGUGGGCAUUGACUUCAGGAAUAAAGUGUUGAACAUUGAUGCGCUGAAGGUCAAGCUGCAGAUCUGGGACACUGCUGGGCAAGAAAGGUUCCGCAGCGUCACACACGCCUACUACCGUGAUGCUCAUGCUCUCCUCUUGCUCUACGACGUCACUAACAAGGCCUCCUUUGACAACAUCAAGGCAUGGCUGACAGAGAUCCAUGAGUAUGCUCAGCAGGACGUGGUGCUAAUGCUGCUGGGCAACAAGGCUGAUGUGGCACACGAGAGAGUGGUGAAGAGAGAGGAGGGAGAGAAACUGGCCAAGGUGUUUGGGGUGCCCUUCAUGGAAACCAGUGCUAAGUCUGGCCUGAAUGUGGAGCUGGCAUUCACUGCUGUGGCCAAAGAGCUGAAGCACAGGUCGACAAAGGAGCCUGACGAUCCAAAGUUUCAGCUUCAGGAUUAUGUCAACAAGGAGAUGAAAAGCGCUGGCUGCUGCCACUCAUAAACCUGUCUUCUGUGUGUGUGUGUGUGGGUGGUGGGUGGGGGGGUGAUCUGGUGUGUGUGUGUCUACCAGUAUGUCUUCUGACUUGUGUUUCUGUGUCAUUUUCCUCAUGCAUGUUGGUGCAAGUGCACUGUAUUUAUGAAUAUGUGGGUGGGCGUGUAUGUAUUUGUAUGAGUGAAUUCAUUUUGCAUUGUCUUCUGCCCCCUACUGUAUGAUAAAAGGGUGACACAAGUUCAGUGCAUAGAUAGUGCAAGAAUCACAGUCUGUCAGUCAAUCAUUUUUGUGAAACUCCUUCAGUAAAGAGCACUAAGCAAAGUAGACAUCAAACAUCAACUUAUCAAAGUACACCCACUAUAUUAAGGUUAUCGGCAGAGUACCUCUGCAUCAUCUUCCACCUCCUCAGAUUAUUUCUCUUCCUGGUGAUAUUUUGUGUUCUCAUCAGGGCCUAGGACACAAUGUCGCUUAUGCCUGGAGCCGGCCCUGUUAUUCAUCCAAGUCAUCCCCCACCCAACUGCAGCUCUCUCCUCACCCACCUCUUCUUGCAUCGGUGAAUGUAUCCAAAAUCCAUUUGUAGCCUUCACUCUCUUCUCGUUGUCAUUCCUCGUUUGGGAUUCAUCAUUCAUCAUCCACUUGAGUCAUUUUGUGCAAUGUUACUAAGAAUGUAUGGGGUGUAUAUAUUUGAAAUGAAAUGUAUAAUCUGGAGCUUUAUAGUUUGCAUUACUUGUAAAUGGUUGUCUUGUUGACGCCGAAUUGAAAAUGGAGUCAAGUGAUGUAGAAAAUCCGGAGAUAGUAAAGUAGCAGAAAUAGAAACUGUGGGCUGCUUAUGCAACUGAAAUGUGCAUUGAAGCACUAUAAUAUCAAUAUGGACGGCCGUAACACUUUACGAAUGGGUUUUGUUCAAAUGUUUGAAUGUUGUUGUAUGUGUUUCUGUUGUACAGGUUGUCUAACAUGUUAUAUUGAUAUUCUAGAGGCAAAACCUCUGUCCUGUAUUUUAAUACAGUAUUGUUCAGUAUACCUACUUUAUUUCAGAAAUGCCAUGAUUUAUCACUGUCUUUCUUGUCGGGACCGUUGUAUUUUGAGAAGUUUCACUCUGCAAAUCUGACCUUUGUAUCAAUUUACAGCACUUUUUAGUUCACUAGAUUCAUAAUUCUGGGUGUAUAAAUAGAAAUGUAUGUAUUUGCCUAACGUAAAUGAUAUCGAGUUUCAUACUGGUUUUUGUUCAUAUUUAACUGAAAUACUAUAAUGCUUGACGAAAGAAUAUUGACGCAAUAUUGAAUUAGGAUGUACGGAUUUGACAGCAAAUCAUUAAAUGUUUUGAUUAUAGAUAAGAGUGUAAACCUACUGUACUUCUGUAGUCCACUCAGAUACAGUAAGUCAUAUUUUUUAUGUAACUUCAAUAUUCACAAUAAAGUUUAAGA